UGUGUAGCAGGUAGCUUGCGCUCCCCAGAUCGUCAUGUCAACAUCCCCAGACCCUGGUCCGGUGAAUGGACACACCUCCCCAUCGCCGGACGAACAUAGCACACACGUAGCGGACGCCGCCCAAAGCAAUAGUCAUCUGUCAGACACACAGCCUUCUGGUGUCGGUGGCGCAUCUCCCGACUCUGCCGAUGAUGCCGGCUCCGCGGAUGAUGAGCCGGAGUUCGCCCCAGAUGAGCAAGACGACGCGUCCCACUCGAGCGAACAUGAUGCCCCGGACGAUGCAGAUUUCAACGAGGAAGACAGCCCUGCCUCUGCUCAGAGUAACGACGCGUCUGAUCGACCCGUGUCGGCCUCGACCGCCCCAAAACGGAAAGCGGCCCAUAUAUUAGACGACGAAUACAUUCGGGAAAACCCAGAGUUGUAUGGCUUGAGACGUAGUUCGCGUCCUUCGCAACGCCGCAAGGUGGUGGAGUCGGACGGUGAUGAAGAUGAAUCAGACUCUGAUGUUACUCCGGCCCGCCGAAAGUCGUCGAAUAAGCGUCGCCGCCUCGAGCGCUCUCAGCCCACUUCCAAGCGAGGCACACCAGCCCGUCAACCAUCCGUCGACGAUUCGGACUCCGAUACGUACGGUGGCGCCAAGGCCCGCAGCUUCCGGAAAAAGGUUCGGCGGCAACAAGAGUUACAGCCUACACUGGCGUUGGCUGAGAAGCGGUGGUCGAACCGUCGGGCGGCCCAGGUCUCAGCCGGCGCCUAUCAAGAAAGCGACGUGGAUGACGAGGAAGAAGACGAGGUUACUCCCGGUUACUGGGCCGCCGAUUUGGAGGAUAACUCGCCGUACAUUGAGAAGAUUCUGCGCCAUCGCCCCAAGGAAGGCGUCGAACUCUCACCCGAGUCCACGCGCCAUGACUUCGAAUACUACAUUAAGUGGCAGGGCAAGUCACAUCUCCACAACACCUGGGAGACAACCGAAUCCGUCGCAGGGUUCCGCGGAUUUCGCCGGCUCGAGAACUACUUCAAGAAGACGGUAGAGUACGAGCUAGACCUGAAGUUUGGUGGUGAUGAAAUCAGCCCCGAGCAACGCGAGCAAUGGCUGCUCGAUCGAGAGCGGGAAGAGGAAGCUUUGGAUGACUACACCAAAGUCGAACGCAUCGUCUCCGUUCGCGAUGGUGAGAAUGGCAUGGAAUAUUUUGUCAAGUGGAAGGGGCUCCAGUAUGACGACUGCACAUGGGAGGAUGCUGCCCUAAUCAGCAGCCAUGCCCAGGACAAAAUCGAUCAGUUCUUGGACCGGUCGACCCGUUCCUGGCAGUCUGAUCGGAAGCAAGCAAAUCUCGACACUCGCUCGAGGAUGACGAAGUUGGAGAAACAACCACCUUACAUCAAAGGUGGCGAGCUCCGUGAAUUCCAAUUGAAGGGCCUCAAUUUCCUUGCACUCAACUGGACGCGCGGAAACAAUGUCAUCUUGGCUGACGAGAUGGGCCUCGGCAAGACGGUCCAAACUGUCUCCUUCCUCAGCUGGCUCCGCAACGAUCGUGGUCAGGAGGGGCCUUUCCUUGUCGUCGCACCCCUCAGUGUUAUUCCCGCAUGGUGUGAUACUUUCAACAACUGGGCUCCGGAUCUCAACUACGUUGUCUAUCUCGGACCCGAGGCGGCUCGCGCCAACAUUAGGGAGUAUGAGCUCUUCAUUGACGGGAACCCGAAGAAGACCAAGUUCAAUGUUCUGGUCACCUCUUACGACUAUAUUCUCGCCGAUGCGGAGACUCUCAAAGGCAUCAAGUGGCAGGUUCUCGCUGUUGAUGAAGCCCAUCGUCUGAAGAACCGCGAGUCUCAGUUGUAUUACAAGCUCAACAGCUUCGGGAUUCCCUGCAGGGUUCUCAUCACUGGCACGCCAAUCCAGAAUAAUCUUGCCGAGUUGUCAGCACUUCUAGACUUCCUCAACCCAGGGAAAGUUCUGAUUGACGAGGAGCUCGAGUUGCUCUCGAGUGCCGAUAACAAGGAUGCCACGGACGAGGAACAAAAUGAAGCCAGGCGAUUGAAGACCCAGGAGAAGCUUCGGGAGUUGCACAGCGCCAUUGCCCCCUUCAUUUUGCGCAGAACAAAGGAGACUGUCGAGUCAGACCUACCACCCAAGACUGAAAAGAUCAUCCGUGUCGAACUCUCAGAUGUCCAAUUGGAGUACUACAAGAACAUCCUCACUCGGAAUUAUGCCGCCCUUCGCGAUGCCAGCAACGGCCACAAGCAAUCGCUGCUCAAUAUCAUGAUGGAGCUGAAGAAGGUCAGCAACCACCCGUACAUGUUUCAGGGCGCCGAAGAGCGUGUACUGGCUGGGAGCACUCGUCGGGAAGACCAAAUCAAGGGUCUGAUCACAAGUAGCGGCAAAAUGAUGCUGCUGGACCAGCUUCUCGCCAAGCUCAAAAAGGACGGCCAUCGUGUUUUGAUCUUCAGUCAGAUGGUUAAGAUGCUGGACAUCUUGGGUGAUUAUCUUCGUGUUCGCGGUUACCAAUUUCAGCGAUUGGACGGCACGAUCCCUGCUGGCCCUCGUCGUAUGGCCAUCAACCAUUUCAACGCCGAGGAUAGCGAAGAUUUCUGUUUCCUGCUCUCCACAAGAGCUGGCGGCCUCGGUAUCAAUCUGAUGACUGCGGACACCGUCAUCAUCUACGACUCUGAUUGGAAUCCUCAGGCCGAUUUGCAGGCAAUGGCACGGGCUCACCGUAUUGGACAGAAAAAGCCUGUUAGCGUGUAUCGGCUUGUUGCUAAGCAGACCAUUGAGGAAGAAGUUGUCAACCGGGCGCGUAAUAAGCUUUUCCUCGAGUACCUCACCAUACAGGCCGGUGUCACGGACGAUGGCAAGGCCCUCCGCGAGCAGUUCAAGGAGAAGGGUCUGAAGAUCGACGAGGCAAAGACUGCCGAGGAUAUUUCGAUGAUUCUCAAGAUGCGUUCUCAAAACUUGUUUGAGCAGUCGAGCAACCAGGAGAAGCUCGAGCAGCUGGACAUCGACGCGAUUCUUGAGAAUGCCGAGGUGACGAAGACCGAUAUCGAUGACAAGAUCAACCUCAGCAGCGGCGGUAUCGAUUGGGACAACUGGAUGCAAGUAACGGAUGUCAAGUUCGACCAUAUGAAUCUCGACUGGGAUCAGAUCAUUCCUGCCGAAGAACUUGCGGCCGUCAAGGCUGAAGAGGAGAAGAAGAAGCACGAGGAGUAUCUGGCCAAGGCUAUGGAAGAGAGCGCUCCCCGCAAGGCUGCGCUGAAGGGUUCCAAGAAGAACGCCGAGUCAGACCGCGCUGAUCGCCUUGCGAAGAAGAGGCAACGCGAGAAACAGGAGCUGGAGGAGCUGGAGGAGCAAAGGGCAUUGCUCUCAGAUCCACGCCGUCCUCUUAACGAGAAGGAAACGCGCAAUUUGAUUCGCGCCUUCUUCCGUUACGGCUUCUUCGAGGACCGGGAAGACGAAAUUGUUCACGACGCCCGCCUAAGCGACCGGGACCACGAUUUCCUCAAGUCGAUCAUCGACGAUCUUGUCGCUGUGAGCAAACAAGCGGUGGAGGCCAAUAACGAGAGACUGCGCGAAGAAGAGGAGAGGGCAGGCAAACCUCUCGCGAAAAAGGACAAAAAGGCCGUGCUGGUUGAUUUUGGCGAGGUUCGCAAAGUCAAUGCGGAAACCGUUGUUGAACGACCACCCCAGCUUAGGCUCCUACGCCGUGUGCUCGCCGAGCAUGGCGACGUCUUGUCAUUCAGACUACCAGAUGCCAGUAAAGCAGCGCAAUAUACCUGCGAAUGGGGCGCGCGCGAAGAUGGCAUGCUGCUUGUCGGUAUCAACAAGUACGGGUUUGGGGCCUGGACACAGAUCAGGGAUGAUCCUGAGCUGCAGAUGCAUGACAAGUUCUUCUUGGAAGAGCACCGUGUUGACAAAAAGGAGGAACGCCGGAGGGCUGAUGACAAGGGGAUACAGUCUCCCGGGGCGGUUCAUCUUGUCCGACGGUCCGAGUACCUCUUGUCAGUCCUGAUGGCCAAGUACUCAGAUGAUGCCAACGCGAAGAAGGCGGUGGAAAACCACCACCGGAGCAAGAAGCUGUUGACAAACGGGAUCCGCCGCGGGGACACCGGUUCGGUCUCGGCGUCUCCGGCUCCGCCCAUGUCCAAGAAGCCGAGUCAACACCGUGACCGUGAUCAUCACCGGUCCUAUAGCAACGCUAACGACCGCAGCACGCCUCGGCCUGACAAGCGCAAAUACAACGACGAUUACGAUGAUCGCGGCCCUAAACACCGAAGACUCGAGGCUGAGGGUAGGCAAGAGAAGAAGCCCAAGGACAAGGAGCGACCGAAAAUGGACCCGGAGACUAUGGAGAGAUACAAGCGCGAUCGCCAAAGAGCAGUUGAACGCUUCCAUGAGCUGUCAAAGUUGCGUGACGACGAGAUUGACAGCUCUGACAACACGCAACUGGUGUGGUCAGUUCUCCGGCCUCUCAAGGCGAACAUGGAGCGCAUCAUGUACUCCAAGGAGAGGUUUCCGGCUGCAAAGGAACGGGCCAAGAUCCUUGGCGAGGAGAUCCGCACGUUCGGAAGCUUUCUCCAGAACCUGCGAGCGGAGAAUGGGGCCGACCUUGACAGUUUGGAACCCCAGUUCUGGGAGUUCCUCUCCUCGAUCUGGCCCAUUGGCGAGGUGAAGGUCUCUGGCAAGCGACUUCAGAGGAUGUUUGGAGACCUCAUCGAAAAGGAUAAAGAAAAGGAGAGGUUGAAGCGAGAGGAGGAGCGAGCCAACGAGCUCAAGCGUGCGAGAAACCCAGACUUGGAGGAUGGCGAAAUUGCGAGCGAUCGAGAAGAACGCCGCCCCCGGGACCCUUACCGCGAUGACCGGCGUGAAGAGCGCCGGGAAGAGAGGCGCGAUGAGAGGAGGGACGACCGAAGAGAGGAGCCUCGGCGUCGCAAUUACUAUGAGGACGGUGACCGCCUCAACUUUUACCGCCACCGUCGGCCAGAGAACAACAGGAAUGUUCCUCUCCGACACCCGUCGUGGCAAAGCCGGAGCCCACCAGCCCGCCAUAGCCCUUAUUAGGGCAACCCAUCAGACCUAACUAUCCUCAUGGCCUUUUCAACCAACGAUGGCAUUAUCGUUUUCCAUUCAACUUGGCCUCCCUACUAUGACCUUACACAUCAUGCAUCGUCAUUGGCGUCACGGAUAUGAGAGAAAGG